GUUGGCAAUGGAGAACCAAAAAUCGCCAGACUCCUCUCAGAAUACCAAGCAGUGUGUGCUUUCAGAAGAGCUAACUUCAGAAGGAAAAUGGAUCAAGCUUGAAAAAACAACUUACAUGGAUCCUACUGGUAAAACUAGAACUUGGGAAACAGUGAAACGGACAACCAGAAAGGGACAGACUGCUGAUGGUGUAUCAAUCAUCCCAGUUCUACAAAGAACUCUUCACUAUGAGUGUAUUGUUCUGGUGAAACAGUUCCGACCACCGAUGGGUGGCUACUGCCUAGAGUUCCCUGCAGGCCUCAUCGAUGACAGUGAGAGCCCAGAAGCAGCUGCUCUUCACGAGCUGGAGGAGGAGACUGGCUACAAAGGAGAUGUUGCCGAAUGUUCUCCAGCUGUGUGUAUGGAUCCAGGUUUAUCAAACUGCACUACACACGUUGUGACAGUAACCAUCAAUGGUGAUGACACAGAAAACGUAAGGCCUAAGCCGAAACCAGGGGAUGGAGAAUUUAUAGAAGUCAUUUCUUGACCAAAGGAUGACCUGCUGAAUAGACUGGAUGCUUUGGUAGCUGAAGAACAUCUCACCAUGGAUGCCAGAGUCUACUCCUAUGCUCUGGUGCUGAAACAUGCAAACAUGAAGCCAUUUGAAGUGCCAUUCCUGAAAUUUUAAGGCCAAAGAGGACACUAGCCAAGUUUUGGUAAAUGAGACUCCAGGCCUU